AUAUUAAUAUUGUAAAAUCAUAUCCUUGCUACAAAGGAGAUGUGUACAGAGGUCAAUGCAUAUGAGUUUGAUAGUGGAAAAGUGAGAGAUUGUCUAACAUGGUUUCUUUAUGAAGUAGGAGGUAAGUGCUGAGAAAUGGUGGGUGGGGGAAGAGGGGUAUCAGAAGUCUGAGGAGACUAGAGAAGGUGUGAAAUCAACAUAAUGGAACUUGAGACUGGGAAGUGACAUGAAGAACAUAAGAUUUCAGCAUUCAUUUGAGGUUGAUGAUUAUGAAGUUAUCUUGAUGCCAAUCUGUUCUGUGGGCUCCCAAAGUGCUGAGAUUACAGGCGUGAGCCACUGUGCCUGGCUCACACCUGUGGGGAAAUAUUUUGCAAUGGUGUUUGCAGGCACAGAGAAAGCCAAAAGCAGGGUUUGGGGGAUUUUGCUAGUUGAGUAAUGAAAAGGCAGAGGGCACAUGAGUUUAGCUUAUUGGAGGGAGUGUUAUUAAAAUAAUAGUAUGGCAUCUUUCCGCUGAAUAUGAAAAAUUGAGAAGAAAGUGGGGGUGGUGGUCAAAAAGUGGAGGUUGGAGAAUAGGGAAGAUUUGAACAACUGGCUGGAAGAAGAGGGGAAUUGUGGAAAGAAAACGAAAUACUUGAGUCAGUGAUUUCACAGGUGGAGUAACUUCCGUGAUGAAAAAGACCAGUGGAGAGCAUUGCAGAUGUUCUCUCUUCCAAUCUGAACACCUUCCCCUGGUGGAGAUGAGUAGAUAUGCUUUCUAUGUUUUGUUAACUUUACAAUGCCUUCCCCAAGCUGGUGAAAGCUCUCACUUCCUUAUUCAUUGGCCUGAUGAACAGAGCAAAAUGUAUCUUUUUUGGUUCUGUUUUGAAUUUUAGUGACUCUAGUCUUCAUCUGCCUCUUGGACUUCCUGUCCCUUUUCCAUCUAUCCUUGGGCACACGUUUCUCCUUACAGGUCCUUUUAAACACCAAGCUCCGGAGAAAGGUCACCAUUCUACCACUUUGAUUCUGUAAAUGUCUUUUGUUCAUAGGUGUCAGCAUAGGCUGGGUAAUACUGUGGUAACAACCCCCAAAUCUCGCAAUCCCAGGAGGUACAUGGGUACUGAGAAUUAUUCACAUUUUACAAAUGACCAAACUGGACCCCAGAGUAUUGGUAAAAUGUGCAGAGCCCAUCAGCUGGUGAAAAACCCUACGGAACACAACACUUAGAACUUCACAAAGGCUAGACUUUAUGAAAGGUGCUGCGUGAAUGCAGUAGUAUCUCCAACUCCCCUGGACCACUCUGCCACGUGCAAUCUUGUAUCUUUUACUCCAGAACUCAGUAACAUCCACUCCAGGGCUGAUGGGGGCGCUGGAUGUAGAUAGUGGCGAGUGGUUAUCCGCCUAGGAUAGCGAUGGCUAGGCAGGGGACAUAAAACAGAAGAGGCAGUGGCCUUCUCCGGGUGGGGUCUAUGGCCCUUUACUGGGUACAUUCUGUACACACAGGUACCUCCUUUGCCUGAAGUUAUUGAUGAAGGCUUCACUACGGAGGGUUUGGGGAAAGGUGGGGGUCUGGCUCGGUAAGCCCGAGUCCCAGCCCCGCUACAGCCCCGCCCAGAUCUGGCAGAGCCGUGGGCGAACCCAGGCGGGCAGAAAGGCGGGGCGGGCGGCUGCCAAGUCGGCCAAUAGGCGGCUCUCCGGCGGCUGAGCGGAGAGGGCAGGGGCGCAGUCAGUAGCACCACCGCCUUCCAAGUUUCCCCUCGUGGAUGCGCGGCCCCGCGGCUCUGCUCCUCCCGGCACACAGGGGCCGGGAGAGGCCACAGGAGCGGACUCAGGACGGGAUUUCUGAGGAACGGGAGAAAACUGGCGCCCGACCCACUCUGGCGGGUCGGUGAACGAUGAAGGGCCGGCGGCGGCGACGCCGAGAGUACUGCAAGUUCGCGCUGCUGUUGGUGCUGUACACGCUGGUGCUGUUGCUCGUCCCCUCCGUACUGGACGGCGGCCGCGACGGGGACAAGGGCGCCGGGCACUGCCCUGGCCUGCAGCGCAGCCUGGGAGUGUGGAGCCUGGAGGCGGCGGCGGCCGGCGAACGCGAGCAGGGCGCAGAGGCGCGGGCCGCCGCGGAAGGGGGCGCGAGCCAGUCCCCUCGGUCCCCAAGCAACCUCAGCAGCGCUGUCGGGGAGGCGGUGUCUCGCGAGAAGCAGCACAUCUACGUGCAUGCCACCUGGCGCACCGGCUCGUCCUUCCUGGGCGAACUCUUUAACCAGCACCCGGACGUUUUCUACUUGUAUGAGCCUAUGUGGCAUCUAUGGCAGGCGCUGUAUCCGGGCGAUGCCGAGAGCCUGCAGGGCGCGCUGCGCGACAUGCUGCGUUCGCUCUUCCGCUGCGACUUCUCCGUGCUGCGGCUGUACGCACCGCCGGGGGACCCCGCUGCGCGCGCCCCGGACACGGCCAAUCUUACCACGGCCGCCCUCUUCCGCUGGCGGACUAACAAGGUCAUCUGCUCGCCGCCACUGUGUCCUGGCGCGCCCCGUGCCCGAGCGGAGGUGGGCCUCGUCGAGGACACCGCCUGCGAGCGCAGCUGCCCACCCGUGGCGAUACGCGCCCUGGAGGCCGAGUGCCGAAAGUACCCGGUGGUGGUCAUCAAGGACGUGCGCCUGCUCGAUCUGGGCGUGCUGGUGCCCCUGUUGCGUGACCCAGGCCUCAACCUGAAGGUGGUGCAGCUUUUCCGCGACCCGAGGGCGGUGCACAACUCGCGCCUCAAGUCUAGGCAGGGACUGCUGCGCGAGAGCAUCCAGGUGCUGCGCACCCGCCAGAGAGGCGACCGCUUCCACCGUGUGCUGCUGGCGCACGGCGUGGGUGCUCGCCCCGGGGGCCAGUCUCGCGCGCUGCCUGCCGCACCGCGCGCCGAUUUCUUCCUGACCGGUGCGCUCGAGGUGAUCUGCGAAGCCUGGCUGCGGGAUCUACUUUUCGCGCGCGGUGCGCCCGCCUGGCUGCGGCGCCGCUACCUUAGGCUGCGCUAUGAGGACCUGGUGCGGCAGCCACGCGCCCAGCUGCGCCGCUUGCUGCGCUUCUCCGGGCUGCGCGCGCUCGCAGCGCUCGACGCCUUCGCGCUCAACAUGACUCGUGGCGCGGCCUAUGGCGCCGACCGGCCCUUCCACCUGUCAGCGCGCGACGCCCGCGAGGCGGUGCACGCCUGGCGCGAGCGCCUGAGCCGAGAGCAGGUGCGCCAGGUGGAGGCCGCCUGCGCUCCAGCCAUGCGUCUGCUUGCCUACCCUCGCAGCGGAGAGGAGGGCGACGUGGAGCCGCCCAGGGAUGGGGAGACGCCGCUGGAGAUGGAUGCCGAUAGCGCCACGUAGCCUCCCAUCCCUGUCCCCGGCACGGAUCCGGGUCAGUCACCAUGAACCAGGGCACUCGGCAUGCUGCCUCAGCACUGGAGAAGCAGCACUGUGGAGGCAAUCUGUCACACUGUCAGAGUCUGGGAGUUGACUUGCUACCAACUGCUGUGCAAUUCUGCUGAGCAGGAAUAUCAUGAGCUGUUCAAUAAUGACAGAUGCAUUGGUUGAGAUGAAGUUUCCAGUAAGGAAGUGACAGUGCAAUGUGGAUAUUUAUGGCCGUAAAAUAGGAAGAGCUUAAGUUCCCAGGCUGAACCUGCCACUGCUGGAGCCAUUUCAUUUCAACAAGGCGUCCUCACAACAAAGAAGAGAUGUGAUUUGGUACCAUUUCACAUCAGCAGGUGUCUGGAUGAAAACAUCAAUGUGAAUAAGGGCCAACUGCAGUCCUGUCUAUCUUGAUUAAAUUACUUAAUAUUAAAUAAUAGGUCUGGGCAGUAUUGUUUUUAAACUGACUCAUCCGGCUGUCCUUCAAAUAGCUCCGUCUACCCAGAACUGACUUUUAAAAAGUAAUUUUUCUCCCUGGGCUGGGAGAACCCUAAUGAACUGAAACACAUUUUUACUUUUAAAUUUUUCUAUCUGGUGUUUUUGUAAUUAUACUAUUAAAUGACUUUGGAGUCAUGUUAAUGA